AUGGCGCACAUCGCCGGCUACCUCUAUGCUGGCGCCGCCGCGUCAGACAGCGGCAGCGGCCCGCUGUUCCUCUGCGAAGGCAGGGCCACCUCGGCCCUGGAAGCCUCCAGCCGCGUGGCCGCGCUGGCGGCCGGCCUGACGCAGCUCCUGGGGAUGCAGGCCGGCGACCGCGUGUGCACGGCGGCGCUGGCCACCGACCGCCACCUGGAGGCCCUGCUGGCAGCCACCGCCGGCGGCGCCGUGGCCGCGCCGCUCAACUGGCGCUGGGGCGGCGGCGAGGCGGCGGCCGCGGCGGCGCUGGUCGGCGCCCGCCUGCUGCUGGCGGACGCAGGCUGCCUGCGCUUUGCGCUGGCCGCGGCCGUGGCCGCCGCCCCGGGCGCCAUCGACACUCUGGUGCUGCUGGGGCCUCCGGCCGACUACCGGCAGGAAGAGCUGGAGGCAGCGCCGCCCGGCCUCACCCUGGCCUUUGCUGAGGCGCUCAUGGCCGCCUGCCCCGACGCCAGCCUGGCGCUGCGCAGCGCCCCGGGCAACGCCGCCCUCGUCGUCUUCACGUCAGGCACCACGGGCAAGCCCAAGGGUGUCACGCUCAGCCACGCUGCGCUGCACGCGCAGUGCAUGGCCAAGCUGCUGGCGUGUGGCUACUCGUCUUCCGACGUCUACCUGCACGCCGCGCCGCUGUUCCAUAUCGGCGGCCUGUCCUCCGCGCUGGCCAUGCUGGCCGCGGGCGCCCGCCACGCUUUCCUGCCGCGCUUCGACGGCGCCGCGCUGCUGGGCGCCAUCCGCGGCCACCACGCCACCUCCUUCAUCGCGGUGCCCACCAUGGUCGCCGACCUGCUGACCGCGGCCGCAGAGGCGGGCGUGGCCUCCCUGCCGGCGGUGCGCCGCGUGCUGGUGGGUGGCGGCGGGCUGUCGCCGGCGCUGCGGGACGGCCUGGCGGCGCUGUGCCCCGCGGCCACGCUGCAUGCCGCCUAUGGCAUGACCGAGGGAGCCUCCUCCCUGACCUUCCACACACUCUGGAGCCCCGAGGCGGGCGCGGGCGCGCCUGGUAGCAGCGGCGGCGCCCCCGCCGCCCAGCCCGGCGCGCGGGGCCCACCUGGCGGCGUGUUUGUGGGCCGGCCGCCGCCGGGCAUCGAGCUGGCCGUCUAUCAGCCUCCCGGCGGCGGCGGCGGCGGCGGCGGGAGCGGCGGCGGCGGCGGCAUCCGGUUUGCAGGGGAGGGCGAGGUGGUGACUCGCGGGUCGCACGUGAUGUUGGGAUAUUGGGACGACGAGGACGCGACAGCUGCCGCGCAGCUGCCGGGCGGCUGGCUGCGCACCGGCGACCUCGGCUGCCUGCGCCAGGGCCAGCUGUGGCUGAUGGGGCGGGCCAAAGAUAUGAUCAAGUCUGGCGGGGAGAAUGUGCAUGCCUGGGAGGUGGAGCGGGCACUGGCCAGCCACCCGGCGGUGGCGGCUGCUGCCGUGGUUGGCGCCGCCGACUGGCGCCUGGGCGAGGCGGUGGCGGCGGCGGUGGUGCUGCGCCCCGGCUGGCGUUGGCGCGGCGAGCGCUGCCAGCUGCUGCUGGCGUCGGCGGCGCGGCGGCGGCAGCAGCAGCAGGCGGGGCGCGCAGCGCUGGCGGCGGCCGCCGCCUCCGUCGCCCCGACCGGCGCCCGCGGCGGCGCUGGCGCCGGCGGGCUGGCGGGCUGUGGCCUGGACGGCGGCACGGAGGAGGAUGGCGAGGGGGAGCAGCAGGCAGCUGGCGGCAUGGGGUUUGAGCAAGACCUUCGCAGCAUGCUGCUGCAGCGGUCGCCCUCCCGCCCAGGCUCCGCCCAGAGCACCCACGGCGCCGAUGGCGGCCUCCUCAUGGCUGCACCUCUGCCGCCGUGUGAGGCGGCAGCAGCGCGGCAGCCAGGCGCCGGUGAUCAGCAGAAGAACAAGAGGCGGGAGGCCCUGCAGCUGCUGAUGGGGGUGGCCGCGGGGCUGGAGCGCGCGGCAGCGGCUGGCGCGAGCGCCCGUGCCGGUGGCAGCGCCGGCGACCCGGCGGGGGCGGAGGAGGCGGUGGUGGAUGGGCGCGCCCUGCAGCAGCACUGCCGCGCGGCGGGGCUGGCCGGCUUCAAGCUGCCCCGCGUCUUUCUGCUGUGCGAUGCCGCGGCGGCGGCGGCCACCCCCGGGCGCGCCUCCAGCCCUAGCAGCGGCGGCGUCGUGCUGCCCGUCAACUCAACAGGAAAGGUGGUCAAGCACCUGCUGCGGCAGCAGGUGCAGCUGCACAUGCAGGCAGCCGUGAAGGCCGCCGCCGCUGCGCCGGGCGGCAGCGCACGCUCGCGCCUGUGA